AUGUUGACAGUGGAGGAUGUUCAGUCAUGGUUAAUUGAAGUUGGCUUCGACAAGUAUUGCCAGACGUUUAAAGAUAAUAUGAUAGAUGGGGAAGCCCUACAAAGCUUAACUGAAAGAACUUUGGAAUUACUCAUUCCAAUAAUUGGUGUGAGAAUUAAAUUUCUCAAGUUGAAUGAAGAGGUUAAAAGAAAGAAUGUAGUAUUGGUUGAAAAUGAAAAUUGUGAUCUGGAUGAAGGUGCAUCAACUAGCUCUGCCUAUCACAAGAAUCCACCAGUGACACCUGAAAAUGCAAGAAAGCCUACAGCUGUUAGCAGUCCAAGUGAUGUACCUUGUAAUGCAAAGAAAUUAUGGCCUGGAAAGGUAUCCUUGCCACAAAAUUUCCGCCCAGAGCUGGCAAGGGCACUUGCAGCAAAAGAUCCAAAAGUGUGCGUGGGAAAGCUGAGGAGGGCAUUUGUCAUGAGGAUAUAUGAGCACUUUUCUGUGUAUACUCUAUAUCCAACAAGAGAUCAACUAACACAAAUUUGCCUCCAAAUUGUGAGGGAAUAUCCAUUCCUAAAGGAUAAGUCAGUUGGAUCUGGUCACAUAAAUUGCUAUGUGUAUAUGUUUACAGGAUUCAUGGUACUCGCAGAUUUACGAGAAGUUUCGAAAUGA